UAGAGAGUGAGGGACGCUUUUUUCCCUCCCGAUUCUUCUUCGUAAUCUCGUCACUUCCCACUUGAGAAAAGGCUUUGAUCCUUUCUCCUCUCCUGCACUUUCCCUUCCAUCAUCUGCAUCGUCACCUUCCUCUGCGCCUUCUCUCUCUCAAUCUCAAUCUCCAUGAAAACGUCAAGAAUAUGACAACCAGGAAGCUGAUCGUGGACGUGGUCGGCGCCUACGAUCUGCUGCCGAAGGAUGGCGUCGGCACCUCCAGCCCCUACGUCGUCGCCGACUUCGACGGCCAGAGGAGGCGCACACAGACCAAGUUCCGCGACCUCAAUCCCACAUGGGAUGAGACCCUCGAGUUCAUCGUCACUGAUCCGGCCUCCAUGGCCGCCGAGGACCUCGAGGUCGAGGUUUACAAUGACAAGAAGACAGGCAAUGGGCGGAAAAAUCACUUCCUCGGACGUGUCCGGAUCCCCGGCAGCCAGUUCGUUGAGAAGGGGAAGGAGGCGUUGGUCUACUUUCCGCUAGAGAGGAAGAGUUUAUUCAGCUCCAUCAAGGGGGAGCUGGGCUUGAGGAUUUACUAUGUGGACGAGCCCAAUCCGGAGCCGGCACCUCCUGACAACCCACCACCACCACCGGCGGAUACGGAGAAGCAAGAUCCGCCGCCACCACCAGCGGAACCGGAUGUGGUGCCGAGUGCGAACGCGGUACCCGAGGAGGCACCGCCGCCGCCGAAUCCAGUUCCAGUUGAUCAGACAACUCCUGGGGAGGUAAGUCCCCCUGGACCCCCUCCCCAGCAACCCCCGCCGGCACCAGAAGCCCCACAACCGGUUCCAACAACGGUACAUAUGCGGGCGGCGAGGGCGCCAAUGGCGAUGAACGGUGAAUUCGCGCCAAAGGUGCUACGAAAAUCCUCCGCUUUCCCGCCCGAAAAGGAGCUUAUGCCGGCGUACGACCUCGUGGAGCCGAUGCUGUAUCUCUUCGUAAGAAUCGUGAAAGCUCGUGGGAUCGCCGGCGGCUCCGCUGAUGCCCACGUAAAGAUCAGGGCUGGCGGGCACUGCGAGCGGAUCGGACGGGCAUUGCCAAACAAAGCAGGGGAUGUCUCCUGCCAGCCCGAAUGGCACCAGGUGUUCGCCUUCGACCGCGACCGGCUCGAUCUCUCCGGUAGCGCGGCGGCGACGCUGGAGAUCUCCAUAUGGAGCUCGGCUGGCGUCUUCCUUGGCGGCGUCUGUUUCGACUUAUCCGAAGUUCCCUUGCGCAUUCCGCCUGAUAGUCCAUUGGCGCCGCAGUGGUACCGCCUAGAUGGGAACGAAACGGUCUCCGGCGACCUCAUGCUCGCCGUGUGGAUCGGAACGCAGGCCGACGACGCCUUUCCGGAAGCCUGGCAAUCUGACGCUCCAUUUGUUCACCAUAGUCGAUCAAAGGUGUACCACUCUCCCAAACUCUGGUACCUCAGAGUCGCCAUCAUUGAAGCUCAUGAUUUGAAUCUUUCUUCUUCACCACCACCAAAAGAAAUUCGGGUGAAAAUCCAAUUGGGCUUUCAGUCAGUGAGAAGCAGACCGGGAAGGAUCACCCAUAGCUCGAUUUUGUGGAGAGAAGAUCUCAUGCUGGUCGCAGGAGAGCCGCUGGAAGAUUCGAUAAUCCUUCUUGUAGAAGAUCGCUCCUCCAAAGAAGCUUCUCUUCUUGGCCAUAUUAGUAUUCCGUUGACAACCAUUGAGCAAAGGAUCGAUGAAUCUCGGAUUGUUCCAUCAAAAUGGUUCAACCUCGAAAGCAACGGCGGCAGCGACGGUGCUGGUGGCCGAAUUCAUCUCCGCCUGUGCCUCGAAGGAGGAUACCACGUGCUCGACGAGGCCGCUCACCUCUGCAGUGACUUCCGGCCGACUGCCAAGCAGCUAUGGAAGCCACCCAUCGGCACGCUAGAACUUGGGAUCCUUGGCGCACGAGCUCUGCUGCCCAUGAAGACGAAGGGCGGACGCAAAGGAUCGACAGAUGCUUACUGCGUGGCCAAGUAUGGGAGAAAAUGGGUUCGGACUAGGACGAUUACUGACAGCUUCGAGCCGAGAUGGAACGAACAAUACACAUGGGAAGUCUACGAUCCUAGCACGGUGCUGACUCUCGGCGUAUUCGAUAACUGGCGCAUGUUCGGCGACUCGGUGGCCGAAGGGAAGCCAGAUUACCGCAUGGGCAAGGUCCGAAUUCGCCUGUCCAUGCUGGAGAGCAACAGAGUGUACACCAAUUCGUAUCCUCUGUUGGUCCUCCUGAGGUCUGGAGUGAAGAAGAUGGGGGAGAUAGAGUUGGCAGUGAGGUUUUGCUGCCCAUCUCUGAUAGAUAUGUGCUCUGUUUAUGGCCAACCCCUGCUUCCCCGCAUGCACUAUCUCUACCCCAUUGGCGUGGCGCAGCAGGAUCAGCUCAGAGGAGCAGCAAUGAAGAUGGUGGCGGCGUGGUUUGGGAGGUCAGAGCCACCACUGGGGCCAGAGGUGGUUCAGUACAUGCUUGAUACUGAUUCACAUGUUUGGAGUAUUAGAAGAAGCAAGGCAAACUGGUUUAGGAUCAUGAAUGUGCUUACCUGGGUCGUUGGAUUGGCGAGGUGGGUGGAGGAUAUCUGCCGGUGGAGGAACCGGGUGACCACCAUUCUGGUGCAUGUUUUGUUCCUGGUGUUGGUUUGGUAUCCGGAGCUGUUGAUACCGACAUUGCUGUUCUAUGUUUUCCUAAUGGGGGCAUGGUACUACAGAUUUAGGCCAAAAAUUCCGGCCGGUAUGGAUAUCCGGCUAUCCCAGGCAGAAGCCGUCGACCCUGAUGAGCUCGAUGAAGAGUUUGAUGGAGUUCCUACGUCAAAGCCACCGGAGAUUGUGAGAAUCCGGUAUGAUAGACUCAGGACAUUGGCAGCAAGGAUACAGACUGUAUUAGGGGAUUUUGCUACGCAAGGGGAGAGGUUCCAGGCAUUAUUGAGUUGGAGAGAUCCAAGAGCAACUAGACUCUGCAUUUGGAUAUGCCUGCUGGUGGCAAUUGUGCUUUACGUAGUCCCUGCAAAGAUGGUGGCUGUAGCUGGAGGGUUCUACUUGUUGAGACACCCAAUGUUCAGGGAUCCCAUGCCGCCAGCCUUCCUGAACUUCUUCCGGCGGUUGCCAAGCUUGUCAGAGCGCUUGAUGUAAGAAGGUGGCAUGGGAAUGGUUCACAAAGAAGAUCGUCAUGACAGAAUUUAUCGUUUAAAUUCCGUAUUAGCUUAAAGUGGUGUAAUUGGGAAGGUGGAUGGAAGUAGCAGUAUCAAUCUUAAGUAGUGCCUUGAGAAUUGAAUGCAGAACGAAGUCCAAUAUGAGGAUUAUGUAUACAAGUAGAGCAUACGAGGCAUGAGGAAAGGGAAGCAGCAAGCCAUUGAUGUUCGUGUGAAGACCAGGCUGCCGAGUGCAACGUUUGGUAAGAAUAAGCUGGAGAGAGAGAGAGAGAGAGAGAGAGAGAGUCGGCCUUCUGUUUUUUCAGAUUAGUGCAUAUACUUGUUCUGUUGAGAGAAAUACGGAGGGAUAUUUCUGAAAUUUUGUAAUAAUCAAAGAAGGAUGAGUGAACGAAUAAUCAGAAGAGCUGGUUUACAAAAUCUCUUCAAAUUGUUUUAGUGGCUGCUCUAAGUUUGCUAAUGCAUUUACCUUGUCAACAUAGAAGUUGCAUGUUUAUUACGCCUUGAUUUGAGACUACACCUUGAUGUAGAAACUUCUUUUCCUCUGUUUUAGUUCGACGAUUAGAAUCAAUUCGAGAAUCUGGAAUCUUGCUUUGCUUGCAGCAGCACAAGGAGCACCCUGCA